CUCUGCCGUCUUUCCUCUUGAUCUUUUCCUUUCUCCGCUACUCCGCUCAUUGACAGUCUCUACCGAGCUUCUCGCUCUACAUUCGUUACUCUUCCCCGCGACUUAAUCAUAUCUAACCUUUCGCUCUCUUCCCCUCUUGUACUUGCUUUUGUCGCCUUCUAAUCCUCUAUAUCUGAUCCCUUAUCGCCCGGCACAUCCUUAAUUCCUCCAGCUUCAUCACUCUGCUGGUAGAGUUGGCCGAGGCUCCGACUGAACCCCACAUUCUUUCGAUCGGCCUGGUGCCAUCGGCAUCAUGUCCUCUCCCUCAGACGAGCGCAAGACCUUCCAUCUGCAGGAAAAGCGAGAUGGCAAACGAUCCGAUUCCGACGAGGUGACGCCCACCUCCGAUGAUGGCACAUUUGUCCACGAUAGCAACGCCGAAGACCGUCGCGACCGGUUAAAAGUCGAUACUACCUACAACGAGGAUCAUCCGCCUCUCAUGAGCACGCCUUCGGCGCGUCGCGAACAAUCUACUCGCCUGGAAGAUGACCUUAUGCUACUGCAGGCCGAGCGCGUGGCUUCGCGUUCGACCCAGGGUGAGCAUGCCGAAGGUGACCGGAACUCGAUGAGUCGGUCGCGCUCGCGCCGCAGCGAGGCUGUUGACGAGUUUGAUGAGGCGACGAACCCGCUUCACGAAAAGGCGGCCGUCUACAAACCCCCCGAGAGCCCCAAUACCAAGCUCUCGGCCUUCGUGAAGAAAGUCCAUCAGUCCAGCUUUAUCAUUCGUUACCUAACGUACAUUUUGCCUGUUGUGUUGCUGCUCUUGAUUCCUUUGCUGGUAGGAGCUCUGAAGUUCACGGAGACGAGUGUUGGUGGCGUGGAACUCAUGUGGUUUUCGAUUUGGCUUGAAAUCGUGUGGCUAACUCUAUGGGCUGGCCGAAUUGUUGGGAAAUGUAUUCCUCCAGUAGUCAGCGUUCUGGCCAGCAUCUUCACCAACAAUGCGAAGAAAUGGCGCGACAUGGCCUACCAGCUCGAAAUCCAUGCUGCUCUCUUCUUCUGGUGGUUGGGUGUGGAGAUCUCCUUCCUUCCAACCAUGAAGAACCACCACGUCGAUGGCGAUAAGGGUACCCGGAGCUGGGAGAAUACCGUGAAUAAGAUCAUUAUCGUGGUCUUUGUCUGGACCAUCCUCAACCUGAUUGAGAAGAUUAUCAUCCAGCUCAUCGCCAUCAGCUUCCAUCUGCGUACCUAUGCUGAUCGCAUCGAGAUCAACAAGUUCCAAAUCGGCAGCUUGGUGAAGCUAUACGCAUGGUCACGUGAUCGCAUCGAGGAGUCCGAUGAAGCUUUCGAAGAGAAGCAAAAUGACGAGACUCCAACUGGCGUUAAAACCCCCUUGAAGUAUGCCGGAAUUGCACACAGGGCUGCCAAGGGUGUUCUGAACAAGGCUGGUAACAAGGUGUCCGAUAUGGCUGGAGUCGUUGCGGCCGAUUUCACUGGCCGCAAGGUUCACGCCAGCUCUGACCCCUACCAGGUCAUUCGCACACUUUUGCGAACUACUUCAGGCUGCCAGGUGCUGGCUCGUCGUUUGUAUCGCACUUUUGUUCGUGAUGGAUUCGAUACCGUCUUCUCGGGUGAUCUCAAGGAGGCCUUCGACAACAGCGAGGAGGCCGAGGCCGCCUUCUCCAUGUUUGACCGUGACAUGAACGGUGAUAUCUCAAUGGAAGAGCUUGAGUCCGUCUGUGUGGACAUUGGCCGUGAGAGAAAGUCGAUCACUGCCUCUUUGAAGGAUCUCGACUCCGUCGUCUCCAAGCUCGACGAUAUCUUCAUGUUCUUCGUCCUUGUCAUCGUCAUCAUCGUCUUCUUGUCCUUGAUUUCGACCUCUGCUGCUGGUGUUCUUACUUCUGCUGGAUCGAGUAUCCUUGCUCUCUCUUGGUUGUUCUCCGCUACUGCUCAGGAAUUCCUCCAGUCCGUCAUCUUCGUCUUUGUCAAGCACCCCUUCGACGUCGGCGACCGUGUCACUAUCUACGGAAACGCCGGUGAUGCUGGUCUUGGGGACGAUUAUUUCGUUAAAGAAAUAACCUUAUUAUAUACGGAAUUCAAGAAGAUGCAAGGUCAUGUUGUUCAGGCCCCGAAUAGCUACUUGAAUGGCCUCUUCAUUCUCAACCAGCGGCGCUCCGGGGCCCUUGCCGAGGCCAUCCCCAUUAUUAUCAAGUACGGAACCACCAUUGAUCAGAUUGAUGGUCUUCGCCAGCGUCUAUUGGAGUUCGUACGCAGCGAAAAGCGCGAUUUCCAGAGCAAUAUCUUGACCGAGUUGCGUGCCGUUACCGAAAACUUCUCCCUGACCCUCAACGUCGUCUUUUUCUACAAGUCCAACUGGCAGAAUGAAGGACUGCGUCUACAGCGCCGUAACAAGUUUAUCUGCAUGCUCAUGAUUGCUCUUCAAGAGAUUGGCAUCGAGGGCCCACGCAUGAACCUCCAGGGUGCCAAUAUCGACAUCCCGUUCCAUGUCAACUAUGCUCAGCCCAUGAUGGCCCCCACCCCCAAGAAGGACGACGACGUUCAAGAGAUCGAGGAAGUUCCCAUCGGACGCGGGUCUGGUUCAAUGGCCGAAAACACUGGUACCAGCAGCGCAGUGCGUCAGCAUUCUAUUCUGCGCAAGGGUAUGAACACCGCCGCUGCCAGGGCUCGUGGCCAGUCAACCUCACGCAAGCAUGUCGACUUCUCUCUUGGCAUGUCCAACAUGUCAUCUAACGACAUCAUGGGCGAUGUCUUCGAGGAUCGCAGCGUCCGGGUUGAUGAUAUAGUCCGGACGUCCAAUCGGGAGGCCCAGGAGCGCCGUAUUCAAGAGGCCGUGGAGGAGGAACAAGAAGAGCGUCGCAGCCACGCUUCGUCACGAAUGUCUUCGCGCCAUCGCCGCCCUUCAAACCUGAGUGCACCCUCACAAGCUCGCCCUUCGACUGAUGCUCCUAGCUUCACGAGUGGCACUUCGUCAACUCGGAAUCGCUUCUUCCGCCAUCGCAGCAGCAUGAGCCGCGACCGGGACGAUCUGAUGGAGCAAGGCCGUGUCGAUUCUCCUCCCCCGCCGCUGUGGUGCAAGCUACACAAGAGCAGCAGCAGCAACAUGACCACCGGUAUUAAAAAAUAG